CAGGAAGGGACGUAUAAUUUUAUUUUCGGAGCAGACAGAUCUGGGGCAAUGCGAGACAGAAUAUAUGUCAUUAGGAUAUACGAUACAUGGGGAAGGCGGGUGCCAUUAGGCGUACCAUUGGCUGGGCACUCAUGAGCGGUUGGAUAAGUGGAUGCGAUGCAAAAUGUGAACAUGUGGGGGCCUUGAGGAAUUGCCCGAAUGCAUACAUAUGUGGAAACAAGGAGAGAGUCAGAGAAAGAAACGUGUAUAUAUCAUCUUGCAUGCAUCAGCUGCAGACACCCUAUGAGUCUCUUUCUUUUAUUUUUUUAUAGCGGAGGCGCUCUUAAAUGC